GUCACCCAGGCUGGAAUGCAGUGGUGCAAUCUUGGCUCAAUGCAGCCUCCGCCUCCCAGGUUCAAGUGAUUCUCCUGCCUCAGCCUCCUGAGUAGGUGGGACUACAGGUGUGCACUACCAUGUCCGGCUAAUUUUUGUAUUUUUGGUAGAAACGGGGUUUCACCAUAUCGGCCAGGAUAGUCUGUAUCUCUUGACCUCAUGAUCCACCCGCCUUGGCCUCCCAAAGUGCUGGGAUUACAGGCGUGAGCCAUCAUGCCUGGCCAGUUCUAUUUUUUUUUUUUGAGGCGGAGUCUCGCUGUCACCCAGGCUAGAGUGCAGUGGCGUGAUCUCAGCUCACUGCAGGCUCCGCCCUCCGGGAUUCACACCAUUCUCCUGCCUCAGCCUCCCGUGAAGCUGGGACUACAGGUGCCCGCCACCUCGCCCGGCUAAUUUUUUGUAUUUUUAGUACAGACAGGGUUUCACCAUGUUAGCCAGGAUGGUCUCGAUCUCCUGACUUCAUGAUCCGCCCGCCUCAGCCUCCCAAAGUGCUGGGAUUACAAGUGUGAGCCACCACACCCGGCCAGUUCUAUUUAAUUAUUUUAAUUAGUUUGCCAAAUUUAUCUGAUAGAAUUCUGAAUUCUUUCUCUGUGUUUGUCUUGAGAAAUUCCUCAAAAUAGCUAUCUUGAAUUAUGUGUCUGAAAGGUCACAUAUCUCUGUUUCUCCAGGAUUGGUCCUUGGUGCUUUAUUUAGUUUCUUUGGUGAGGUCACGUUUUCCUGGAUGGCGUUGAUGCUUGUAGAUAUUCGUCAGUGUCUGGGCAUUAAAGAGUUAGGUGUUUAUCGUAGGCUUCACAGUCUGGGCUCAUUUGUACCUGUCCUUCUUAGGAAGACUUUCCAGGUAUUUGAAAGGACUUGGGUCUUGUGAUCUAAGCUGGAUCUACUUUAGGGGGAACCCCACACUCAGUCAUGCUGUGACUCUUGCAGAUUCAGAGAGCUAUACCACCUUUGUGGUCUUGAAGAAAUCUGAAAGAAUGCCCUGCAUUAACAGUUAGAGACUCUUGUUGGGUCUUCCCUCACUUUGUCCCAGCAUCCCUCUGUCAGUGCUGAAGUGCCUGAAACUGGGGGUUGGGACAGAAGCACCCCUUUAGCUACCACCACUGGGACUGUGCUGGGUGACAGCUGAAGCCAGCACAGCACUAGGUUUCACCCAAGGCUCCUGUAACCACUACAUGGCUAUUGCCUGUGUUCCCUCAAGGCCCUAGCCGUGUACAGUCAGCAGGUGGCAAAGCCAGACAGGCUUAUGUCCUUCUCCUUAGGACGGUGAGUUCCCCAGGCCUCAGAUUGGUAUAGAGAUGCCAUCCAUGAGCCAGGGAUUGGAGUAAAAAUCCUUAGAAAUCUACCUGGUGUUCCUUUGCACUGCAGCUGAGCUGGCACUCAAACUACAUGUUACAGUCCUUCCCACUCUUCCAUCCCCUUUCCACAGGCAGAGCAGCCUCACUCUGUGGCCACCACCAGCACAGGCCCACAGGGAGUGCUGUCAGACUACCACUGAGGUUCCAUUAAGGGCUAGGAGCUCUUCAGUCAGCUUGUGGUGAAUGUUGCCUGGUCUGAGGCUCACUCUUCAAGACUCACCCAGGGCAGGUCCAGCAAUGUCAUCCACGAGCCAAGGCCUGGAAUGAGGGACCCCAAGAGGCUUCUUGGUGCUCUGUCCCUCUGUGGUUGAGCUGGUAGCUGAGGUGCAAGACAAGGUCCCCUUGACUUUUUCCUCUGUUAUUCUCAAGCAGGUGUGGUCUCUGACCGUAAGCACCACAGCUAGCAGUGUGCUGUGAGCUAGCAGUGUGCUGUGUUAUAUCUGAAGCUGGCAUGUCUCAGAGUCUCACCCAGUGCCAUCGCAUACUACCUGGGUACUGCUGCUAGUUAUUCAGGGUCCAAGGGUUGUUUAGUUGGAAGGUGAUGGGUCCUCCCAUGACUGAGUUCUUCCCUUCAAGGCAGCGGGUUCUGUUUUGGUCCAGAGUGUGUCUAGAAAUAUUAUCUGGGUGGGCCUGGAAUGGGUCCUCACAACCCUGCCCAGUGCCCGAUCCUGUGGCUGAGGUGACAUCCAAAAUGCAAGACAAAGUUCUUUUUGCUGUCCCCUCUCCUCUCCUCGAGUGGAAGGAAGGAGCCAAGUAGCCUGGGGUUGCGGGAGGGGUGGCACAAGCACGCCCUUAGCUACCCUAACUGGUGUCUCAGUAGGUUGUGCUCUCCCAACCCAACCAGGUCCACUGACUUGGAGCCCAGCUCAGCAGAGGACAUGCCUAGGGAUUGCAGUCCUUGUGGCCUCGAUCGCCUUUCAAGUUUAUUUAGGACUUCAGAGCCCUCCAGCCCUCAGUGGCAACGCUUGCCAGAUCUCAAGUCCCGACCAUUGGGGGUGGGCGAUUCCCCUCUGGCUGGGCUGCUCCAUAUGCUCACUCCCUGGGUAGGUGUCCAUUGAGUUCAGCCCAGUUUUGCUUUCUGCUAUGACAGGAAGCACUGAGUUCCAUGCAACGUCUGACAGUCACUGUGCUUUUCCUUCCCAGGAGCACAGAUUCUCCACAACAGGCAGGCACUGCUGGGGGAUGAGGAGGGGUGGCAUUGGCAACUCAAGACUCUACAGCCCCUUUUAGUUCCAUUUCCAGUAAUACAAAAUUAAAUCCAGAUACUGUGAGUGCUCACUUGAUUUUUGGUUCGUACAAAGGUGAUUUUUGUGUGUGUUGAUAGUGUUUAAAUUUGGUGUUCUGGGCCAGGCAUGGUGGGUGGCUCACAGCUGUAAUCCCAGCACUUUGGGUGGCUGAGGCAGGCGGAUCAACUGAAGUCAGGAAUUCGAGACCAGCCUGGCCAACAUGGCAAAACUACAUCUCUACUAAAAAUACAAAAAUUAGUUGGGUGUGGUGGCAGGCGCCUGUAAUCCCAGCUACUUGGGAGGCUGAGGCAGGAAGAAUUAGGGAGAAUUGCUUGAACCCAGGAGGCAGAGGUUGCAAUGAGCCAAGAUCGUGCCACUGUACUCCAGCCACGGUGACAGAGAGAGACUCUAUUAAAAAAAAAAAAUUGGUGUUCUGUUAAGGGUGUGAUGGAUGCUGCUUUCUAUUCUGCCAUCCUGCUCUGUUGCACCUCUGGAACUCAGUCCUUUCAAUCGGGAACACUAGAGAAACCCUAAACCCUAGGCUCUAAGUCCAUAACACAGGUUGUAUGGAGGUAUUCCCAUUUCAGUGAAACUGUAAACACUUAGAAGGUCAGCCCUGGAUUUGGUAGCAAUAUGUGAAAUGCUCAAAGAUAAAACUGAUCAGAGUGGGGAGGUGAUGUUACUUCAGUUCCGUCUGGCUCCACAUUGGAGAAAGGAACAUGGGGUUAAGGGAGGAGGAAGGAAGACAGCGUUGAGGCUCAUUCUGUCAUCCAGGUGAUGUUUAAUGGAUGAUUGUUGGCCGAGGAGAUGUCGCUAGAAUUGUGAUUUACAUUUGGUAAAACAGCAGCUAGAUUUUCUAAUGUGAUUGGUAAGGACAUGCAAGAGGGUUUCAGGUAUGACGCUGGGGUUUUUUUGUUUUUGCUUUUUAUUUUUUUAGGUGGAGUCUUGUUCUAUCACCAGGCUGGAGUGCAGUAGCAUGAUCUCUGCUCACUGCAACCUCUGCCUCCCAGGUUCAAGCAAUUCUCCUGCCUCAGCCUCCUGAGUAGCUGGGACUACAGGAGGUACACACCAUCACGCCCGGCUAAUUUUUGUAAUUUUAGUAGACACAGAGUUUCACUGUAUUGGUCAGGCUGGUCUUGAACUCCUGACCUCAGGUGAUCCACCCGCCUCAGCCUUCCAAAGUGCUGGGAUUACAGGCUUGAGCCACCGUGCCCGGCAACCCUAGGGUUUUUGGUCUUAGCAGCAGCAGUGAUAGAAGCUGUAUCAGCUGAGAUGAGCAAGUUGGGAGUAGGCAUAAUAGUCACUGGGGAUAUAAGGAGGGUUGUUUUCACCAUGCUCAGAGCCUGAGAUGCUUGUCCACAUAGGUUGGGAUAUCUCGGAAGGAAUUGAUAUUGGAGACAUCCAGUAUAUGAUAGCUAAUGUGUGGACUAAGGUGCGUUAGCCAUGGGUCCCAUUUUGGAGGGCACACUUCAUAAUAAGGUAGUAAAUCUUUUAGGGAGCCAGAAAGGACUGGUUGGAGGCUGAGGACUAGAUGUUUUGCCUGGUUCCCUGGGUGACAUUAUUGGCAUUUAUAACCUGUGUUAUGCAUUCACACAGGAGAGGGAGGUAAGUGACAAUGAAUGUAGGGUGUGUCAGAGGGCAUAGCUUGUCAUGGGGUGGACUUCCGUGGAGAUAAUAGAGAUGAGAUGCAGGCAGAAGUACAGGAGCAAUUGAGGGAAAGGUCAUCAUUGCCAAGGGGUUGGCAAGUGUAGCACAGAAGUGGAAUAAGGUCAUGGACAGCUGAAGCCACACAUGGUUCUGUGUUGCUGUGGAACCAUGCAAGGAGGCCUUCAUAGAAUUACUUGAGACCACCACUCCUUUUAGGAUCCAAUAGAAUUGCAAUUCUGUGGUAAUAUUGGAUCCGGUUUGAAUGGGCCAUACACUCUGGAUGGUGUCAGCUACGAUGUAGUGUAAGGCCAAAAAUGAAGGCCCAAAGUGAUUUGCCACCUGGAUGCCUGGUGAUACUGGGCACAGUGACUUUUGAAGACGUGGCUGUGAACUUUACCUGGGAGGAAUGGAAUCUCCUUAGUGAGGCUCAGAGAUGCCUGUACCGUGAUGUGACGCUGGAGAACCUGGCACUUAUAUCCUCCCUGGGUUGUUGGUGUGGAGUGGAAGAUGAGGCGGCACCUUCUAAGCAGAAUAUUUAUAUACAAAGAGAGACUCAGGUCAGGACUCCUAUGGCAGGUGUGUCUCCCAAGAAGGCCCCCCACUGUGAGAUGUGUGGCCCCAUCUUGGGAGACAUUUUGCAUGUGGCAGAUCAUCAGGGAACACAUAACAAGCAGAAACUGCACAGGUGUGAGUCCUGGGGGAAUAAAUUGUAUGACAGUGGAAACUUUCAUCAGCCCCAGAAUGAGUACAUUGGAGAGAAGCCCUACAGAGGCAGUGUUGAGGAGGCGUUGUUUGUGAAGAGGUGUAAGUUCCAUGUGUCAGGGGAGUCAUCUGUCUUCAGUCAGAGUGGGAAGGACUUUUUGCCCAGGUCAGGAUUACUCCAGCAGGAGGCCAGUCACACUGGGGAGAAGUUAAACAGCAAAACUGAGUGUGUGUCUCCCAUUCAGUGGGGGGGAGCUCACUAUAGCCGUGGAGAAUCCAUGAAACAUUUUAGCACCAAACAUAUACUCAGUCAGCACCAGAGACUUCUCCCUGGAGAAGAAUGUUAUGUGUGCUGUGAAUGUGGGAAAUCCUUUAGCAAAUAUGUUAGCUUCAGUAAUCAUCAGAGAGUUCACACUGUGAAAAGACCUUAUGAAUGUGGAGAAUGUGGGAAAUCCUUUAGCAAAUAUGAUAGCUUCAGUAAUCAUCAGAGAGUUCACAGUGAAAAAAGACCUUAUGAAUGUGGAGAAUGUGGGAAAUCCUUUAGCAAAUAUGAUAGCUUGAGUAAUCAUCAGAGAGUUCACACUGACAAAAAACAUGAAUGUGGAGAAUGUGGGAAAUCCUUUAGUCAAAAGAGCAGCCUCAUUCAACAUCAGCGAUUUCACACUGGAGAAAAACCUUAUGGGUGUGAAGAAUGUGGGAAAUAUUUUAGUUCAGAAGGACAUCUUAGGAGCCAUCAACGAGUUCACACCGGAGAAAGACCUUACAAGUGUGGAGAAUGUGUGAAGUCUUUCAGUCAUAAUCGCAGCCUUGUUCACCAUCAGCGAGUUCACAGUGGAGAAAGACCUUAUCAGUGUGGAGAAUGUGGGAAAUCUUUCAGUCAAAAGGGCAACCUCGUUCUACACCAGCGAGUUCACACUGGAGCAAGACCUUAUGAGUGUGGAGAAUGUGGGAAAUCAUUUAGUUCAAAAGGACAUCUUAGGAACCAUCAGCACAUUCACACUGGAGACAGACUUUAUGAGUGUGGAGAGUGUGGGAAAUCUUUUAGUCAUAAGGGCACCCUCAUUCUACAUCAGCGAGUUCACCCUAGAGAAAGAUCUUAUGGGUGUGGAGAAUGUGGGAAAUCUUUUAGUUCAGUCGGGCACCUUAGGAGCCAUCAGCGCGUUCAUACUGGAGAAAGGCCUUAUGAGUGUGGAGAAUGUGGGAAAUCUUUUAGUCAUAAUCGCAGCCUUGUUCACCAUCAGCGCAUGCACACUGGAGAAAGACCUUACAAGUGUGGAGACUGUGGGAAAUCUUUUAAUGAAAAAGGACACCUUAGGAACCAUCAGCGAGUUCACACUACAGAAAGACCUUUUAAGUGUGGGGAAUGUGGGAAAUGUUUUAGUCACAGGGGUAACCUCAUUCUACACCAGCAUGGCCAUACUGGAGAAGAGCCUUAUGUAUGUAGGGAAUGUGGAAAAGUAUUUAAGCAGAAGUCUCAUCUCCUUGUACACCAGAGAAUUCACACUGGAGAAAAGCCAUAUGCUUGUGAAGCUUGUCAGAAAUUUUUUAGAAACAAGUACCAACUCAUUGCACAUCAGAGAGUUCACAAUGGAGAAAGGCCUUAUGAAUGCAAUGAUUGUGGAAAAUCAUUUACCCACAGCUCUACAUUCUGUGUUCAUAAGCGAAUUCACACUGGAGAAAAGCCUUAUGAGUGCAGUGAAUGUGGAAAAUCUUUUGCUGAAAGCUCCAGUUUCACUAAACACAAGCGAAUUCACACUGGAGAAAAGCCUUAUGAGUGCAAUGAAUGUGGAAAAUGUUUUGCAGAAAGCUCCAGUCUCACUAAACACAAGAGAGUUCACACUGGAGAAAAGCCUCAUAAAUGUGAGAAAUGUGGGAAAUUAUUUAAUAAGGAGUCUCGCCUCCUUGUACACCAGAGUUCACACUGGAGAAAAGCCAUAUGAGUGUGAGGAUUGUCAGAAAGUUUUUAGCAAGAAGGACCACCUCAUUGCACACCAGAGAGUUCACAUUGGAGAAAGGCCAUAUGAAUGCAAUGAUUGUGGGAAGUCAUCUACCCACAGCUCUGCAUUCUGUGUUCAUAAGAGAGUUCACACUGGUCACACCACCUUAUGAGUGCAGUGAAUGUGGGAAAUCCUUUGCUGAAACUUUCAGUCUUGUUAAACACAGGAGAGUUCACACUGGAGUAAGGUCUUGUGAUUGCAGCAAAUGUGGAAAAAAGGUUACCUGAAGGUCUUCUCUCCUUGAAUGUCAGAGAGUUCAUACUAGACAAAUGAAAUACAUUUGGGCAAUUUUGUAGCCACACCUCUGUGCUCCUUCAAGAUCAGGGAGUUAACACUGGAUCAGGGCCUUACCAGUGUGACAUGUGAGAUAUUUAUGUAGAAAUCUAGCUUCAUAACACACAGGAGACUUCCCACUGCAGAAAUGCCUUUUGAAUGUAAUGAAUGCAAGAAAGCCUUCAGCCUUUUUUUUGGAGCCUCGAACAUUGACAUGAGAAAAACACCAUAGAUGUAUAUGGAAUGUUAUUUCUUUUUCAGUGUAACCCUUUGAGGGUGCCGCCUACCUAGAUUUAAUGUCAUUUAUUGAGCAUCUGCAAAAGUUCCAAGCAUGCGGCAGCUAAAGUGCAUUUUUCACUCUACCCAGGCACCUUGCUAGAUUUUUUUUGACAGGGUGUCACUGUGUCGCUCAGGAUGGCGUGCAGUGGUGCGUUCACAUUUCACUGCACCCUCGAUCUCCCAGGCAUAAGUGAUUCUGUUGCCUCAACCUCCUGAGUAGCUGAAACCAUAGGCAUGCACUACCAUGCUCCACUAAUUUUUUUAAGUUUUGGAGAGACAGGGUCUCACCAUGUUGCCCAGGCUGGUCUUAAACUCCUGGCUCAAGCGAUCCUCUCACUUUGGCCUCUAAACAUUUUCAGAUUAGAGGUGUGAGUUACUGUGCCUGGCCUUUUUUUUUUUUUUUUAACUUUUAAUUUCUGAUUGAGUCACAGAAGGAUUUGUUGAGUAGCUUCAGCACUUCUUCGUCAUUUUUUUCUGUCUGAUAAGUCAUGGCAUGGACGUUACCCAUUUUUGUCCCAGAGGCCUCUUAUGUUGACUUGAAAAGAUGGACUAUGUCUUUCAGAGAUCUUGUGGGUAUCACAUCAAUCUUGACAAAUUUUCUACCUUCCAAGUCAUGAUCCUAAGAACAGCUUGCCUCCCAUUUCUCCGGUUUGUGCUAUUAUGAAGGCCUUAUUGUUUCAGCCUUCUUCAAUCUUGAGAGUUGUUGUCACUGUACGGGUGGUUCAGAAACAAGUAGGUCCUGUUACUAUGAAGGGGGUCACAGCUUUUGUUGGCAUAGCUAAACUCUUUGUGGCUAAUGGAACGGUAUGAAUGCAGAACAUAGCUUUCUCCACUUGUGGACUGCUUUGCACAGCUGCCAGAGGCCUCCAAAGAAGGCCUUCAGCGCUUUGUGGUCUUUAUCUGUAGCAUGGAUACUAAAAUUUGUGGGUUCAUAGGUCAGCUGGAUACAGGGCAUUUUUUGUGACAAUUUCUGGCGUUUUUUGAACAAGACAAAAUUCUUUUACGAGAUAUAUUGCGUUAUACUUGGUACAGCUGUGGGAAGUCUGUUCCCCAGCUGUUGCAAUGCAGACACAUGCCCUGAUAUCCAGAAUUCCGUAGGAUAACAUCACAGAUUGUAAUGCUAUCAGGUGAAAUUAUAAUUUUAUAGAAUUACUUUAUUUAUAGGCAGUGGAGGAGACAGAAUAGUGUAACUGCAACUCAUGUCUAUUUUUUUUUUUUUUUUUUUGAGACAGAGUCUUGCCCUGUCGCCCAGGCUGGAGUGCAAUGGCAUAAUCUUGGCUCAUGGCAACCUCCACCUCCCAGGUUCAAAUGAUUCUCCUGCCUCAGCCUCCCGAGUAGCUGGGACUACAGGCACAUGCCACCACACCCAGCUAAUUUUUGUAUUUUUAGUAGAGAUGGGAUUUCAUCAUGUUGGCCAGGCUGGUCUCGAACUCCUGACCUUGUGAUCUGGCCUCAGCCUCCCAAAGUGCUGAGAUUACAGGUGUGAGCCACUGCAUGCAGCAUAAUGCGUGUCUUUUAAAAGGGCAUCCACAAUGAUCCAGUCACUACGUAUGUGAUGAAUAUGCAGAUACAGGAAUUAUCAGGACUUCCAUAAUGAUGAAUGUUGUAUUGCUGAGGCCAUUGUCCGAGGAAAUAAUCUAAAGGUUUUGUGAAUUCCUGUACCGAUUCUGGGCUGUUCUCCUCAAGGUCAUUCCUGCAUUAGCAGGAGGAAGAUGAUAGGAGAAGGGAGAUCUCAGUUCAGUGAUGUGGUCUUUGUGACCAGCCAGCCAGUUAAUCAGGUGGAAAUGGCCUUACUGCCACAUCAAUAUUUGCUACCAUGGAGGCUAGUUUUCCCACUUGGGGCAUGAGAAGAAUUGGUGUAGUCAGCAUAGAGUUGCCAAACCUGUUUUCCAAAACUAAUGGUAAAUCUAUAUUUUUCUUUUGAACUGCAUUUUAUUAUUAUUUAUUUUGAGACAGAGUCUCGCUCUGUUGCCCAGGCUGGAUGGAGUGCAGUGGCACAAUCUCGGCUCACUGCAAGCUCUGCCUCCUGGGUUCACGCCAUUCUUCUGCCUCAGCCUCCCGAGUAGCUGGGACUACAGGUGCCCGCCACCACGCCUGGCUAAUUUUUUGUAUCUUUACUAGAGAUGGGGUUUCACCAUGUUAACCAGAAUGGUCUCUAUCUCCUGAUCUCGUGAUCUGCCCGCCUUGGCCUCCCAAAGUGCUGGGAUUACAGGCAUGAGCCACCGCGCCCAAUCUUUUUUUUUUUUUUUUGACAGAGUCUCACUGUCACCCAGGCUGGAGUGCAGUGGCAUGACCUCGGCUCAUUGCAACCUCUACCUCCUAGGUUCAAGCAAUUCUUCUGGCUCAGUCUCCCGUGUAGGUGGGACUGGAAGCAUGUGCCACCAUGCCUGGCCAAUUUUUGUAUUUUUAGUAGAGAUGGAGUUUUGCCAUGUUGGCCAGGCUGAUCUCAGACUCCUGACCUCAGGUGAUAUGCCUGCCUCAGCCUCCCAAAGUGGUGGGAUUACAGGUGUGAGCCACUGCUGCCAGUCUGAAGUAUAUUUUAAAGCUGUGAUAAGUUAUAAAUGACAGUAAGCUAUGCAUAUUUAAGCUGUAGUAUGUGAUAAAUCUGGAGUUUCAUGUAAUCCCAUGAAACCAUUAACAUAGUCACAAUAAUGAACUUAACACUUUUAUGUUUACCUGGAACCGUUUUAUAAAGGCUUUCUUUCUGUUCUGCAGACAACCAAUGAUUUACUUUGCUGUACAGUAGAGUACUUUCCAUUUUCUGGAAUUUUGGAUGAGUGAUGUAAUAAAGUGUUUCCUCUUAUAA